CCACUCAUCGCAACAAUCAACAACAAGCAUCUCUCACCUAGCCCAACCCAAACAAACCCACCUGUUGAUUCACCAGCCAGCCCACAAUGUCAAAUCGCCCAGAACAACAACAACCCGAACAACCGCCCUCACCCCUCCCCCCUCACCUCGACCCCAAAACCUACCCACGCAUCAUAACCGACCCCACAUUCAACAUCCACCUCACCCUAACCUACAGUCCCCUCGAUCCCUCCGCCGUUCUCAAACACGUAUCUUCCCCCCAAGCAGGCGCAAAUGUCCUCUUCCUUGGCACAACCCGCGACACCUUCGAAAACCGCCCCGUCGCGCAACUCAGCUACACAAGCUACCCGCCCCUCGCCCUGAAAUCCAUGCGGCGCAUCGCGGAGGACGCCGUCAAGACACAUAACCUGACCGGUCUGGUCAUCGAGCAUCGGCUGGGUGUGGUUCCUGUGGGAGAGGCGUCGAUUGCGAUUGCGGUUAGCUCGGGACAUCGCGCUGCGGCGUGGACAGCCGGAGAGGAGGUGCUGGAGCGGUGUAAGGAGGGGGUGGAGAUUUGGAAGAGGGAGGAGUUUGUUGACGGGGGGGGUUGCUGGAGGGAGAACAGGGAGAGGGAUGGGGAGGGUAACCUCGUUACCUCUAAUUGA